CACCGACCCCAAUAUCAAACGCAAAUUGCUUGUUUCAAAAAUAGAAUAUUGAUUAAAUCUAAGCUAAUAGGGUUCUGCAUGCAGCUCGCAUCAAUAGCAAAAUCCAUUUGCAUGCUAUUGAUGUAGUCUGACCCGGUCGAGUCCAUGUGACGGAUCGAUACUCCCCUCCAUAUAGCCAUCAGUUCCAUUUCGGAUACAGAGGCUGGCAGAAUCAUUUCUUCCGUAGGCGUAGUUUUCAACGUUUAUUCAGGGAUUUGUAAAGAGUAUUGUAUAUAGAAUGCAAGUGUGAAGGACUACACAAGGAUGUCGUCGCUGCUUGUCUUGGUGUUCACUGCCCUGCUCUUCUGUGCUACAGCCAGGCCCAGGGAUAGACUGAGUCACAAAGGACUGUAUGAUGAUCUGAAGACCGUUCCAUUUGUGGACAAUGGUGAAGAGUCUAGAGGUCAAUAUGGUGACUAUCACAAUGACCUUACUAAACCAAAUAGUACUUACGACCUACAUGAUAAGUUUGAAUCCUUAUAUAAAAAGUAUAACCAGAAACUGAAUAGGGAUACUGGUAUUGGUGAAGGUGACAAUUUAGUUGAUAGGAAUGAGGAUUUGAGAAAAGAUGUAGAUGAAUCACAGGGAGGAUUACCAAUUGUUAAUGAAAUAAAACCAGUGGAAGGUGGAUUAGAGGACAUGACAAUGUUUGAAGACAAUACUGAAGAUAAUAGUUCUACCAAGAGGGGAGGAAGAAGGAGACGUAACAAGAAAGGUAAGGGACACAAACACAAGCAAUCUGUGAAAAAGGAUUUAUCUUUGAAGGAAGAUGAAGAAGCUGAAGAGAAAGAUGAUAAUGAUGCUGAUGAUCUUGGCUUCAAUAUGGAGAAAUUCUAUCGUGAAAAUCCUAACUUCAAAAAGAAUGUUGCAACUAUAACUGAUCAUGACAAACAUGAAACAACAACUGAAAAGAAUAUGGUUACAGGAGUUAAUGAUUUGAGUGAAAGUGAAGAUGAUGUGGAUGAAAUGGCUAAAGACAUGAUGGAUGUUGAUGAUGAUGCUGAUGAUGACGAAGAGAAUGGUGUAGAUAGUGUUUCUGCGGACAAAAGUAGUGAGGGAGAUGAUUACUAUGACUAUUAUGAUGAGGAUGAUGACAGUAGUUACAGCAGUAGUGAACAGGCGGCAGAGGCAGAAAGACAUGAUCUCACACCUGCUGAUUGGUUUAAACACUUUGACAAACCCCAGAUGGAUGACUACCAUGCCCAUAUUGAUCCAACUACCACACCUGCUGAUGAUGAUAUCAAGAAGAGCGAUUUUAGAUCGGAAACAAUAAUGGAAUAUGAUAUAAAGACCAAUACUAUAGGAAAGCUGAAAGAAGGUGAAACUGACAACAAUAAAGAUAAUAUACCAAAGACUGAUGUUGAACCAAGUACAAGCCCAAACCCCCCAACUCCGCAGAAGGGAGUCAAAUCAACUGUAACUCAGCCGGCCUACUCCCACUGGAACGAGAGAGUGAACACCUGGAAUCUAAUUGAGUCUAAACCUGUAGCCUCAUGCCAAGAGGCCACAGACUGCCAGUCAGGCCGAAUGUGCAGGUACGGGCUGUGUCUUUGUGGUCAGCCAGAUUUCUGUGAAGGGCGCAGCAAACCUGUGUGUGGUUCUGAUGGUCGACGAUACCCGAGUCACUGUGAGCUCCACCGGACUGCCUGUGUCCUUGGCAUCCACAUCCGCAUUGACCAGGGUGGCAAUUGUUUUCAAAAUGAUGAGAAGAUGCAAGCUGAUAUGGCAGCAGACAGUCCACUGGAUGAGAGACAAGCCCCCGAGAAGUCCACUGAAAUACCCAGCCCAAUUUCCAAGACAAACACUCCAGUAGUUGUGGAGCACAUGAGUAGGGGGGACAAAAACGAGGAACAAGCGGCUGGUAUACUGAAGGAUAACAGGACUGAUAGGAAGACAGAUGCUGUAGAAGACGUUGUGAAAACUGCUGUGGUCGCUAAAGCUGUGGACAAUGUUGUGGUUCAGGAGAAUAGUAAAAUGGGUAGUGUUCAUGAUAAGUCUGAUUACAAUGAUAGUAGUUCUGACACAGAGGAAUAUAAGUAUGAUGAUUCUUAUGACUAUGACGACAGUUAUGAUGAUGAUUCAGAUGAAGGUCUUAACAAUAAUGGAAAUAAAUUUGGAGAUGUUGCUUAUAGAUUUGAUGAUAACAGUAAACAUGAUAUUGAUGACAUUGAUGAUUCCUAUUAUGACUUGAGUGAUGAAUAUGCAGAUGACUAUGACGUUGUAUCUCUGAGCAAAGACAACAGUGAAAGACAAGAUUCUGAAGAGAGUCCCAGCCUAGUGCCUUUGUUCUGUACGCCUGACCUGUUCAUGCAGUUCAAGGCUGAUGUAAUGCAGUAUCACUGUGUCUUCUUUGAGGAGAAACAUUGCAACAAGCUCAACCAAGAAGAGAAGCAGAGGCUGGCAGCAAUCAUGUUUAACUAUUAUGACAAAGACUUCAGCGGGCAGAUUGAGAAGGAGGAAUUAUGGGAGAUGCAGAUGGUGGAGCACAUUGACGACCUCUCCUCUAUGUGUACACUGCUCGAUAUCAUCAUGUUCAACGAGCUCGGUGAACGAGAUGGAAAGCUGAACGCUGAUGAGUUUAUACAGGCAUUUGACAUCCCUGACUUGGUUAGCUGGGAGACAGAGGUGGUUCCACUGCUGGCCACAAUCGGUAAUGGGCUUGAAGUGAAGUGUGAUGUCACUGACUCACGUGAUGUCAUUUGGACCCGGGACGGGUUGGACCUUGCAGUACUCAACUACCCAGGGAUUACUGUGCUGGGAGAUGGAAGCCUGUACUUAGAGACUAUCGGGUUCCAUGUUGUGGGCAACCUGACAUGUUAUGACCGCAAGAAGCCGGCUAUCAAACAGAUUCACAUGCUCAUCGUACAGAAGCCACCACAUGUGCGGGUCCACAUGAGAUCAACGGAAGUGAGGCAUGGCCGUGACCUUGUCAUCCAGUGUCAUGCCGAGGGAUUUCCCCGACCAGCUGUAACAUGGAAGUUUGAUGGAAACACCAUACAGAAUGGACAGAAGUACCAUGUACACAGCUUUGAUGACUCAUUGACCGUGUACAGCGCGGACUACACCAGCGAUACAGGGGUCUAUACUUGUGAGGGGAGAAAUACGGCGGGGACUGCAGAGGCAUCUGAAGCUAUCUCUGUACAUAAUCCAAACAACACCGCUAACACAGAAGCCAGUAAUGAGGAGAGUUUCAUCAUUUUCCAUGAUGAUGGCUACACAAUGCAUGAGCCCACGGAGUGUCUGACCCAGCGUCAUGUGAAACCAGAGUUUGCCAACUUCCACUUCCUGCCCGAUGAUCUUGAUGCCCCGCCCUCCAUGUGUGAGCCAGGAAUCCCUUGUGUUUGGGGCUCGGCAGUCAGUGUGGGAGAUGAGUUUGUGUACAUUACGCAGCCCAGACAAAACAGAGUCCUCGUUAUUGAUGUAAAAAAGACUCUUAAUCCCGAUCAGGUGAUAUACACAGACCACAUGCCUGUUUCCGUCCACUACGUGGCAAGCCAGGAUGAGGUGUGGGUUCUGUGCUGGAAUGGAGAGCAAGACGGUGGAUCUAAGACACUUGUGGUGAUCCGGGAUGCCAGACAGCGCAACCAACACCACGCCAUACAUACACAGCCUAUCGGCAACACAUUCGACCUGGUCCAAGGUGUGUUCCUCCCAGAAGACACAGAACUACAUCACCCGUAUCACUAUGGUUACACUGUCCACAACGGUCAGCAGGGGCUCUUCAAGAUUGACCUUGAAUUCAAGAAAUAUGAGAGGGCUGUUGACUUCUCCAAGUUUGAAUGUGUCCCAACAAAUAUCGCUUUUGUGCCGUUAGGUGGGCAUGCCCUGGUACAGUGUGUGCGGCAGACUGUGGACAUUGAGGUGACCAGUCUUCUCACCCUCGACACAGUCACAGACACUGUGAUACACAACAUCACCUCUCCCGCCACCCCAUAUGUCAGUCCCGAUGUCAGCUUUGUUGUAUUCGUUGAGGAGAGAACGGGAAACAUCGAUGUCCACCUAGUCAACGAGAAUGGAGAGAUAGUCCACCAGUUUGAUGUUGCCCUGGGUACUCCUGUCUGCAAGGCAACAUUCCACAGAGCCAGCCAUCACCAUGGUUAUGAUAUUUACCUGACUGCCCUUGAUAAACCAGUCAUCUUCUCUGUCAGUCUCAGUAAUGGACAGAUAGAAACCAUAACAGAUAUCGGUGAGGUGGACUCCGAGCUGUAUUUACCAUGGUUCAAUAAUCUCCGACCUCUAGUGUCUGGGGGGGUCUUUAGCGACUUCCUGUCUACGACUGGAGAGUCAGCCAUGUUGGUUCUCAAUGGGAAGAAACAUGCCGUGCAGUGUCAUUACAAGGACUUACAGAACCCGUCUGUUAUUGUGUACACCCACCUUACCACGUAAUAGAGUGAUUUGAUGUGAGUGAGUUUCUCUGUAUAAAUGCAUUGUGCCGUCAUUUCACCUGCAUUCAGUAACUGUGAAAAGUAUGUGUACAAACUUCGUUGAAAUUUAAAAGGGCACAUUUGGUUAUCUUGGUAUAUGUGCAGUUAUUAGAAAUAAAAAAAACAUGACCGCCUUUACAACAAAUAUUACAGGGAGGGAAUAUCUCUGUUUUUAUAGGUUAAUACCAAGUGUUUAAAAUUUAUCUUGGUUAAUCAAUUUUAAAAAACAUAUUUAUUGAUUUUCAUUUAUGUCUACUUUUUUCAUUUAAAAUGUAAGUAAUCUAUCUUUUAAUUAAGACAUUUUCACAAAAUAAAACAAUAGUGUUAUAUACAUAGCUGGGGUGUAGGAUUGCUUGUUCAGUGUUGUAAUAAUAUAAUGUGCAAUAUUUUAUGGAUCAAGUGAUUAUAAGUCACAUUUUUACAUUUUUUCAUACGGUUUGAAUGGGUUGUUUAUUUACAUUUUUAGUAACUUUUAUUUUGAAAUGCAAAACUUUUUCUAGUCGCCGAAUGGUAAUGUGUAAUCUGAAUUUAUAAAUGUCCUUUGUGAAUGUUUUUAUGUAUUAAAUAAUGUGUUCUUUAUGAAAAAAAAAGAAAAAGUUUAUAAUGACUUAGUGCAUUAUGUUUUUGUUAAAGAUCAUGUAUACAUGUUAUUAGCUUACUUUGAUUUGUUAUUUUUACCAAGAUUUUGUUGACAUUUUUGUAAAGCUUUAUAUAUACUUUCAUGUACAUAUAAUUUAUUAAUGUUCUUCAUACAUUCCUAUUUUUAUCAUUUACUUAUUCUAAAGAUUUUACAUUUUUAGCUCUACUGGCCAAAGGCCAGAAGAGCUUAUGCGAUGGUAAUGUGUACGUAGUAUGUGCAUCCGUGCGGUCGUGCGUUCGUGCGUCUGUAAACAAUUGCUUGUGAACACGAUACAGUCUUCACUUUUGAUUGUAUUUUGAUAAAACUUGUACAGUAUCUAGAUAUCCAUUAGAGCUGGGUUCCUUUCGAAAACCAGCCAGAUCCGCCCAUGCAUGCUUAGAUUAUGGCCCUUGAUAGUAUAAAAAAAUGCUAUUGUGUAAAAAAUUGGUUGUGAACACGAUACAGUCUUCAGUUUUGAUUGUAUCUCGAUGAAACUUGUACAGUAUCUAGAUAUAGAUUAGAGCUCGGUUCCUUUCGAAAACCAGCCAGAUCCGCCCAUGAAUGCCUAGAUUAUGGGCCAUGAAAGUUUCAAAGAAAUGCUUUCUAUUUUUAGCCAGGUCUGCAUGAGCGAAUUCUAUUUUUAGCCAAGUUUACAUGUACAUGUAAAUUCAAGUCUAGAGUUAAGGGAGACAAUUUGCAAGUCUAGGAUUUUGAGAGACAAUUUGCUUUUUGCUUCUGCAGCUGAUUUUGUGAAUUACUCUGCCUUGUUCUUGUUGAAAGCCCAAAGGCCAUUUUUUAGCUUUAAGUUCUGUAGUUUGCGCAUUCAUCUUAACAAAAUUGGUUGUGAAUGUUUAAGUUAUGCACCUGGUGUCAUUACUGGCCACACCCAGGGUUCACAGGUUUGGUAAACAUAAAUCUGGAAAGGUUUGAAAAUCUUUUUGUGUGUUCGUGCAUCCAUCUCAGCACAAUUGAUUGUGAAUGUUUGUUCAAAUUUAUCAAUGUUGUCCUAGGAUGCCAUUGACUUUGACCAACUUUUUUUAACUUUUAAAACUACAGAAUUUUUUACUAUGAGUACAGUUUUGAAAGCAUUUUUUUUUUGUCAGUUGACUUUUACUUGGCACAUAUUAAAAUAGUUCAUGCAACUAAUCUGCUUACAAUACUUUCUGGGCUCAGAUGUUGAACGUGCUACGUUUUUAGGUAACCCAAACACAAAACAUAAACUAUAUGUCUGUUGCCUUUUACCCAUACAUACAUGCUCUGGAUUGAUAUGACCACAAAAGCCAUGCCAGUAGAGCAUAGGCCCUUUUGGGCCUCUUGUUACAAACUGUAAAGUAUUUUGCUUCAUUGUAUCCAUUCAUUUUUUUUCACUGUAAUCACCAUGAAUGUCAUAAUGAUAUGAAUUAAAAGCUAGCAUACUUAACUUUGUUAUGCCAUGACUUUUUUAACAUGUUCAAGGUUGUUUGCAAGACUGUAUUAACAUUUGUCAUGAAUUCAAAUAGAUACAACAGUUUAAUAUGCAACCAACACAUGUAGUAGUUUUUCGUUCCAACAUGAAAUGUGCAAUUGUGGAAGUUAAUAUUGCUCUUAUUCCAAUACAUGCAAGAACAUUUCUGUGUUCUGACAUGCCUGUUGUAUAGUGCAAGAUGAAGGUGAUUACAUGUUCCAUUUUAAUACACGGUCUUUUUCAUGUUAUGCAUAAUCAUGUAUUCAAGUACCGGUAAAGUCCUGCUUUUAAACUAGUCAUUUGUUGUAAUAAUAUAGUUAAAAAAAAACUCUUGGAGAAUUCUUAGUGUUAAGAAAAAUAUAUAUUUUAAUCUCUGAUUAUAAGAACUAUCUCAGAAAUGUUUGCAAACUAUCUUGAAAAUAUAGGCAAACUAUCUCAGACAUGUUGAUGAGCUAUCUCGUGACAUGUUGAUGAGCUAUCUCGUGACAUGUUGAUGAGCUAUCUCGUGACAUGUUGAUGAGCUAUCUCGUGACAUGUUGAUGAGUUAUCUCGUGAUAUGUUGAUGAACUAUCUCGGACAUGUUGAUGAGCUAUCUCGUGACAUGUUGAUUAGCUAUCUCGUGAUAUGUUGAUGAGCUAUCUCGUGACAUGUUGAUGAGCUAUCUCGUGACAUGUUGAAGAGCUAUCUCUUGACAUGUUGAUGAGCUAUCUCGUGACAUGUUGAUGAGCUAUCUCGUGACAUGUUGAUGAACUAUCUGGGACAUGUUGGCCAACUAUCUGGGACAUGUUAUUGAUAUUGACAAUGGUGUCAUCAUGACUGUAGAGGUUACUGUAAGACUGGUAAACAUUCUGUUAUCAAUCAUGUCUCAUGUUCCACACUCGGUGUUGUUCUGUUAUUGUAAUGCUUGUUUGUUACUUUUUCUGGUCAUUGCUUUUUAAUAAAUGGCCUAACAUAAAA